AAAUUAUUUUUUUUUUUAAAUUAAAAAAAUCUUAAGUGAAUUGCUACAAUGUUUAGAUCUAUGCGGGAGUUUUCCCGAAUUCAACAAAAUAUAACAAAAAUAUUAAAUAAGUCUGUAUCAACAAUACAAACACAACCAAAGCCGAAUUUCAAUAUUCAAUGCACUCGAAAACAAUUGAAACUUUUCAAAUCAGAAUAUAAUUCGAUAGUAAGAGUUUUAUCUAGUUCCUUUAAUCUCACACCCGCCGAAGUACGUAGUUUUCAUUCAUCUUUGUUUUCACGCAAAACUGAUGGCGGUCGUGAACCAACCGGCAAAGAUAAUUCGGACAAAAAUGCAUCUAGUAGCGGAAGUGGCAGUAGCAGUGGAAAUAAUGGUGGGAAGAAAGACGACAACGAAAAUGAAAAAAUGAAAUCUGUACUCACAAAGGUGUUCCUUUGGGUUUUCACUGUUUACAUGUUUAUAACAUUUGCAUCACUCUUUUUCAAAAGGCCAGACAGACCAGAGACUAGCACAAGAUAUGUUUCUUGGAAUGAGUUCGUUCACCAUAUGCUUGCCGCUGGUGAAGUAAAGGAACUUAUUAUUCGUCCAGACAUGGAAAUGGUCACAAUAAUUCUUCAUGAUGGAGCUAUUAUUAAGGGUCGCCAAGUAGCUUCAACAAUUUUCCAUAUGGCAAUAGCAGAUGCAUCAAAAUUCGAAAUUAAAUUACGAGAUGUUGAGAAAAGAUUGGGAAUUAAAGAAGGUGUUUCUAUAACAUACGACAGACAGAGUGAUAUUACUGGAAGAAUUCUGGUGCUUUUGGUAUUCUUUGCUCUUUUCAUGGCAUUGGCAUCACGAAUGAAAGGCAUGAAGAGCCCAAUCAGUAUGGAUUCAUUUACUCAAAUGGGCCGAGCUAAGUUCACUCUAGUUGAUCCAUUAGAUGGCGGACGAGGUGUUCUUUUCAAAGACGUAGCUGGUCUCAAAGAAGCUAAACAGGAAGUUGUCGAAUUCGUCGACUAUCUUAAAUCACCCGAAAAGUAUCAAACACUAGGAGCUAAAGUUCCCAAGGGAGCUUUACUAUUAGGACCACCAGGAUGUGGUAAAACUUUACUUGCUAAAGCAGUUGCUACAGAAGCUCAAGUUCCUUUUCUGAGCAUGAAUGGCUCGGAAUUUAUUGAAAUGAUUGGUGGUCUUGGAGCCGCAAGAGUAAGAGAUCUCUUUCAAGAAGCCAACAAACGUGCUCCGUGUAUAAUAUACAUUGAUGAAAUUGAUGCCAUCGGAAGAGCGAGAUCGGGUGUAGGCUCAGGUGGAUCGGGCGGCGGUGGAGGAGGUUCUGGUGAAUCGGAGCAAACAUUAAACCAGCUUUUAGUCGAAAUGGAUGGAAUAUCUUCAAAAGAGGGUGUUUUAAUGCUCGCCAGUACAAACAGAGGUGAUGUGUUGGAUAAGGCACUUCUUCGACCUGGGCGUUUUGAUCGGCAUAUCAUGAUUGACUUGCCAUCACUAGAAGAACGUAAGGAAAUAUUCGAAAAACAUCUAUCAGGAAUUCAGUUAGAAAACGAACCCAGUAAUUACUCUGCACGACUUGCAAGAUUGACUCCAGGCUUUUCUGGGGCAGAUAUUGCAAACGUUUGUAACGAAGCAGCAUUACAUGCAGCAAGAAUGUCACAAAAAGUAGUGUUAAACAAAAACCUGGAGUAUGCAGUUGAAAGGCUUGUUGGUGGAACUGAAAAACGAUCACAUGCCUUAUCUCAAGUUGAGCGAAAAGUAAUAGCUUAUCAUGAAUCAGGACAUGCUCUUGUUGGUUGGCUAUUGCCAAACUCCGACGUCCUCCUUAAAGUAACUAUCGUCCCGCGAACUAGUCUUGCACUUGGUUUUGCCCAGUACACUCCAAGUGAACAAAAAUUAUUUACAAAGGAAGAAUUGUUUGACAAAAUGUGUAUGGCUCUGGGUGGGCGUGCUGCAGAAAAUCUAAUGUUUAGUCGCAUAACAACUGGAGCACAAAACGAUUUGGAAAAAGUUACCAAGAUUGCCUAUGCUCAGAUCAAAAAAUUCGGUAUGAACGACGUAAUUGGUCCAAUGUAUAUAACUGAUUCAGAUGAAACUGAUAGUGGGCCAUCAGGUGAUAAGCCUUUUUCUAAAGCUUUAGAUAAUUUGAUAGACCGAGAGGCAAGAAAACUUGUUACUGCUGCAUACGAAAAUACAGAAAAAGUUCUUCAAACAAACAAAGACAAAUUGAUAAAGCUUGCUGAGGCUUUACUUGAAAAGGAAACACUCAAUUAUGAUGAAGUUGUUAAUUUAAUAGGACCACCUUUACAUGAAAAGGCGAAACGCAUGAUUGAACCUGUUGAUUUUGAAGACUCUCUUAAGAACUUAAGUGGAAAAUCAUAGUUGAUACAACUUAGACAGGAUAUUUAAGUUUCAUUGCUUUUUUCGAGUUUUUUUUUUUUUUUUUGUUAUCACCAAUUCAUACAAAUGUUA